UGCAGACGUGCGCUUAGUUGCUCCGCAGUCCCUGCGCCGGGUCUGUUUGUGCCUGGCUGUCGUGGGGAUUGGUCCCACCGUCACCGCAGGGGAAAAGGUUCUCCACUCUCAAGCCCGUCACUUGAGUCCGAAACCCAAAAGUAGUGAAGUUUUCUACCUGAGGAACGCAGUUCAGAAGUUCGUUGAUGAUACGGCAAAAGGUACAGGAAGUCAAGUGGAAUGGUGGGACAUAUCUGCGAGGCAAGACGAGAUCAAACUCACCAUCGAGUACCACAGGUACAAAGUAGACCUGACGGCUGGGACUAUCAUGUAUGCCAACCCAACAGUGCAGAGGUCCGUCAAAGAACUCUAUCAAGAGGACUUUCCCAACGAUUCUGAAAAGAAGGGAGCAUUUGUGCUAGUCAAGAAACUACCCGUCAAUAACAGGUACUCCUGGAGCACGGACACUGCACUGGUAUCCAACUAUCUGAUCAAGGUUAACGUAUCGCCCCCUCCUAAAAUGGGCCUGAAAAAUGACGUGAAGGAAACGUUACUUCUCGACAAAGAUGAAUACAAAAGUGUGGACGUACCCAAGGAGUUCCAGGCCAGUAGAAGCGAAGUGGUGCAUCCAGGCACGACGCUCAAGGCAAGGGUUGUCAUCAACGAAACUGUUACGGAAUACCCUUGGGCCGUUGAGGUAACCAUCAAAGGAUGCAUAGCUGUGAAAUAUCGGCAGCCGGUAGCUGGGAAGCUGCUGCACUGCUACCCCGUGAGUAACCUGGUGGCGCAAGAGAAAUUACUCACACGCACUCCAGAUACCAGAAUCGUUAAGUUUACGGCAAAGGGCAAGUUCUCCGCCGUUCAGCAUUCGGGUAUCAAAGUAGAAGUGGAGGAAGAGGAUACUGGAGCGAUCGACUGGGGACCGUCCAGCGAUGAUGAAGAUGAUGAAGAAGAACAAUAAAACACGUAGCAGUGCGCGUGCCUUGUAAGAACA